AAAGGUUCCAGAAUUUCCAGAUACCUCCACGGCUGGAUUCAGGUGCUCAGAUCUACUAUGAUGAGGGAACGAAAACGCAGCCCGUAAAAAAAGCACAGCAAUUUCCCAAAAGACCAUCGUACAGGGCUGCACAUUCUGCGCCACGACAUUUUGCGAACCCUCAACCGAGAGAUGGCCCGUACCUGAUGUUAAAUCAGGCAAGCAAGUCGGUCACAAGAAACCAAGGACAAUCAAUGACCACACCUUAUCCCUGCUCAUGUGUGUCUAAACAAUUAUCGAGGGAAUUGGAGGAAGCAAAAAAAUUGAUGAAUACUAUCAACGGUGGCCAUGCGGCGAGAACCGUAGAAGGCCACACAAAAUUCGGAAACGGCGGGUGGCGUCAAACGAUCUCCGAGCAAACAGACCAUGGACGACUAGGAGCCAGCAAAAGAGAACGCGACACCUCACCAGAAGGAGAGGGAAAGAGAAGCAACGAAAAAGAGGGAAAUAGUCUUCUCAUAUGCCAACUCCUCCAUCGUCAUCUAUGCAAAGCAUCGGCACUGGACCCUUCAGAGCCGUCUGAACCUUUGACUCACAUUCGUUCAAUGUGCAACCAUGAUGCGAACGUUUGCCGCAACCCCAGGACUGCGGUGGUGUCAGCACCCUUGUUCCGACGAACCAGGCCGGUUCUGGUGUACUGACUGAUAGCUACCGCCAUUCAAAGCGACUACGUCAGCCACGAGUGACAAAAGUGACUCCUGUAGGGCCUGUGUUUUUGGGUUCGAUGGCUUUGUCUGUUAUGAUCGGACUAGCAGUAUCAAGGGGUGACGCUGGUACGAUCGCGACACAAUGCGCGAGCGCGACGGUACUCAAGAGUCGGUUGUUCACGUACAUGAUGGUUUCGGGUCGUUUGGUUUGGAACAGAUGAACAAGCGUA